CGCCGGCGGCACGUGACACGGCCAAAAUGGCUGACGGGGACGACGGAGGCCGGCCGGAGCAGGAGCCGGGGCCGGAGCCGGGAGAAGAGUUUGAGAUCGUGGACCGGAGCCAGGUGCCAGGCCCAGGCGAACUGCGGAGGGCGGCGAAGUCGCGGGCGGCGACGGAAGGCUGGUCCGCACCCAUCCUGACCCUGGCGCGGAGAGCCACAGGCACCCUGUCGGCCAGCUGCGGGAGCGCGCUGCGCGCGGCCGCGAGCCUGGGCGGCGCGGACGGCGGCGCGGACGACGUAGUGCGCGCAGCUUCCAAGGGCCAGAUGAUGGAGGAGCGUGUCAACCUGAUGCACAUGAUGAAACUCAGCAUCAAGGUCUUGCUCCAGUCUGCCCUGAGCCUGGGCCGCAGCCUGGAUGCAGACCAUGCCCCGCUGCAGCAGUUCUUUGUAGUGCUGGAGCAUUGCCUCAAACAUGGGCUGAGAGUUAAGAAGAGUUUUAUUGGCCAAAAUAAAUCUUUCUUUGGUCCUUUGGAGCUGGUGGAGAAACUUUGUCCAGAAGCAUCAGAUAUAGCCACUAGUGUCAGAAAUCUACCAGAAUUAAAGACGGCUGUGGGAAGGGGCAGAGCUUGGCUUUAUCUUGCACUCAUGCAGAAGAAACUGGCAGAUUAUCUGAAAGUGCUUGUAGACAAUAAAAAUCUCUUGAGUGAGUUCUAUGAGCCUGAGGCAUUAAUGAUGGAGGAAGAAGGGACAGUGAUUGUUGGUCUGCUGGUGGGACUCAAUGUGCUUGAUGCCAACCUCUGCUUAAAAGGAGAAGACUUGGAUUCUCAGGUUGGAGUGAUCGAUUUUUCUCUCUACAUUAAAGAUGUGCAGGAUCUAGAUGGCGGCAAAGAGCAUGAAAGAAUCACAGACGUCCUUGAUCAAAAAAAUUAUGUGGAAGAACUUAACCGGCACUUAAGCUGCACAGUUGGGGAUCUUCAAACCAAGAUAGAUGGCUUGGAGAAGACUAAUUCAAAGCUUCAAGAAGAGCUUUCAGCUGCAACAGACCGAAUUUGUUCGCUCCAAGAAGAACAGCAACAACUAAGAGAACAAAAUGAAUUAAUUCGUGAGAAAAGUGAAAAAAGCGUAGAGAUAACAAAACAAGAUACAAAAAUUGAACUGGAGACUUACAAGCAGACUCGGCAAGGUCUGGAUGAAAUGUACAAUGAUGUGUGGAAGCAGCUGAAGGAGGAGAGGAAGGCCCGUGUGGAACUAGAAAAAGAACUGGAGUUACAAAUUGGAAUGAAAACUGAAAUGGAAAUUGCAAUGAAGCUACUAGAAAAGGACACCCAUGAAAAGCAGGACACUCUAGUCGCCCUGCGCCAGCAGCUGGAGGAAGUCAAAGCCAUUAACUUACAGAUGUUUCACAAAGUCCAGAAUGCAGAGAGCAGUUUACAACAGAAGAAUGAAGUCAUUACAUCUUUUGAAGAAAAAACCAAUCAAGUCAUGUCCAGCAUGAAACAAGUGGAAGAAAGGUUACAGCACUCUGAGAGGGCGAGGCAGGGGGCCGAGGAGCGGAGCCGCAAGCUGCAGCGGGAGCUCAGCGGGAGGAGCAGCGCCCUGCAGCAGCAGCUUGCCCAGCUGCACGAGCAGUGCGCAAGUCUAGAGAAAGAGCUGAAAUCAGAAAAAGAACAAAGACAAGCUCUUCAGCGAGAGUUACAGCAUGAGAAAGACACUUCCUCUUUACUCCGAGCAGAGCUACAACAAGUAGAAGGAUUAAAAAAGGAGCUGCGGGAGCUCCAGGACGAGAAGGCAGAGUUACAGAAGAUCUGUGAUGAGCAGGAACAAGCCCUCCAGGAAAUGGGUCUGCACCUCAGCCAGUCAAAGCUGAAGAUGGAAGACAUCAAAGAAGUAAAUAAGGCACUGAAGGGCCAUACUUGGCUGAAAGACGAUGAAGCUACACACUGUAAGCAGUGUGAAAAGGAGUUCUCCAUUUCCCGGAGAAAGCACCACUGCCGGAACUGUGGCCACAUCUUCUGUAACGCGUGCUCCAGUAAUGAGCUGGCCCUGCCCUCCUACCCCAGACCAGUCCGUGUGUGCGACGGCUGCCACACGCUGCUCCUUCAGCGGUGCUCCUCCUCCACCAGCUCCUAAGGCAGGGGCCUCAGCAGGGCCUGCUUUCUAGACCAGUUGCCAGCCACAAAACAGUGCCAAACUCUCUGGGUCUUGAGUUGGUCCGGGACUUGGAAGGUUGGUUCCCAAGCUGGGCUGCUGGCCCUCUGGAACGCAGCACACAGGACUGGAAGCUGCACAUGCCUCUCCUUUCCAAGUUGUACGGAAUCAACUCCUCUGGAUUGAAAUUCUCACUUGACACCACCGGCUUUGGUUCAGAUGCAACUUCAUGAUUUUGCUAUUAUCAUUUUUCAAUUUCCAAAGAAUUAACCUCUUUUGCAACAGCCCAACUAGUUGUAAUAAUCAGGUCCUUUUCCUCCCUACCACCCCAGCAUGCUUUCCCCUGCUUCAGAGUCAAGAAAUUCACACCCUUGUGAAUAUCCAUCAUUAGCCCUGCAAUAAAACUGUUUAUUUUUCA